AGCACCUACCAGCACCGAGUUGAUCACUCUAGUGACAGCGGCACUAACGGCUGUAGCAAUGGCUGUGUCCGUCCUGUACUUGCUCCUCUCUGCGCUCGUGCUAGUUGCUGCGAAGCCGAGAACUACGGAGUGGGACACGCGGAGCUCACCCGGAGGGAGAAACGCCCGCGUCGUGGACGGCUACGACGCGGGGGUGGGCCAGUUCCCGCACCAGGCCCUCGUCCUCUGCGACGGGUCGUCCAUCUGCGGGGGGGCGCUCAUCACCAGGACCGCAGUCCUCACCAGGGCGCGCUGCAUCGACUACCACACGUCAUGGACCGUCCGCCUGGGAGGCAUCCAUAGGACUCAGGAAGAGAGAACCGCUUGGAUCGAAGUAGCCACCUGGGCGGUGGUGCACCCAAACUACAACACGACGGCCUAUCUCAGCGAUAACGUGGCUAUUCUGUUUCUGCCCGCGGAAGCUCCUCUGAACAGUUUCAUCAACGUGGUGGCGUUACCUUCUUUUCUCGAGGUCAAUGAAACCUUCGCUGGACAAACUGCUGUGGUUAGCGGCUGGGGACUGACCAAUACCAGUGCGACCUGCUGUCCAGAGGUUCUUCAAUGGACCGAAGUGACGGUUAUUCCCAACUCAGCGUGUACGCAGUACUAUGAGCCAGGCCGCAUUAUUGGAAGCACGCUGUGUGCCGGAAACGAGUACACUGGCAUGUGCCCUGGUGACUACGGCAGCGCUCUGGUUAUCAAGACGGCAGAAGGUUACAAGGCGAUCGGCGUGACCAGCUUUGUUCCGGAUGGGGGCUGCGGCACAGCUGGGGCGCCGGCAGCCUACACCAGGGUCACCUCCGUGCUCGACUGGAUCACCACGACCGCCGGCAUCAGUGCUAAAUGA